AUGUCGACAUCCUCUACGCAAUCUCGAGGUAUACGCAGACGAGUAGAUAGUCAUCAGGGCAAUGGACAUCUCUCCAGAGAAGAUUCUCACGUGCAGAAACCUCCCCUGUCCCACAACGAUGCCUACCUCUACACACUUCGAGUCGCAUAUCUCGCCUAUCUUCUUCAGCCUCGAGCAAAGCGCCUUCAGCAUGUAUCGGCGCCGCCGGCACCCGUACAGCGCUCCUCCACAUCCAUCAACGAUCUAAUGAGGGAUUUCAGCCUUGUGCGUGACUCCAAAAGCACCCGUUUUCCGCAUGGAUUCAUGGGCGAGCUGGACAAGCGUUUGACAGGGGUUUUGAUGGGGAAAGAGAAAAGACCUGAGUACAAUGACUCCACAGUUAAGCGCUCCUUCGCGGCCUUUUUCAAUGCCUUUUCCGAACCGAAUUUUAAGAAGCGCAUGGAAAAGGAUCGCAGAGUCGAGGACCUGGUUUUGAUCUUCUUUUCGAAUGCCACAAAAGAGAUGUCCAAAGGCAAGGGAGCGGGUGAAGAUGGCUGGAAGUCACUAGUUGAUAGACAUGUGGCCUUGUUCGUACGGCUAGUUAGCUUGGUGCUGAAAGAUCAUGACUGGGUUCGCGAUCGUCCGGAAUUAAGCAGUCGCCUGGCGACCCUCGAGAGCAAGCUACUGUCUAAUGACCAAGACCUCUCUUCAAACUCUUCACGCAGUGGCAUCGGUGCAUCAUCGACGGUCGAGACCAUUGUUCCUCUUAGCUAUGAAGUUAAGGACAUGGCGCUGGUGCAGGUGGUUGGUCGAGUUUUCGGCAAGAGGGGUAUGACCUUGCAAUCGGACAUUGAUAAUUACAAGUCUUCCUGGACUGAGCAAGUUGCAUUACAAGACUUGAAAACCUACCAGACAUGCCUGAACGUGGGCUCACGCUACACUCUCGGGCCAGAUGAUUUUGACCUUGACGAAGCUUACGAUCAAUGGAAGAAGGGUGAGGCACAAGACAUUUCACAGAUGGUCUUAGUGAUCCUUCAGUCAAAUCCUGAGCUAGCUAAAAGUCCUUCUGGCAAUCUUUCUCAGUUCAAUUCUCACCUUAGCAAUGGUCAUGGCCCAGGCCCAGGCCCAGGCUCAGACUACCCAGAGUCUCUACGUAGGACUGAUAGUAGAGAUGGGUCACCGUACGUAAUCGACCAGCCAGUUGACAUGAGUGGCUAUGGUGCUAGCGUAAAGUCACACAAUGCGCAGUCCUUAGAAGGUGACGAUGUAUUUACUUUCAUCCCACCGGACACCCGAGCAUUCUACAGAUUUGUACUUGCACAGACUUUGACUUGUGACCUUGAUGACGAGGCAUCUUUGCCGGCAGGGACUGAAAAUGUUUCGACUUCUACCAAGCUUCUCUCAAAGCAGUCCACUGACCUCCUCAACGAGAUCUGUUUGAGAUGGCGUAUUCCUCCUAUCUCAAGGAUGUUACUGUUCCUCGACGUUGUACGUGAGAAAUUUGUCGACCAGCAGAUCUCACUCGAUAAACUUGAUGCAGCCUUCAAUUUCGUCAAGGCGUCACCAGAAAAGGGUAAAGGUCGAUCGCUGUCGGUGUCUAUACUUCAAGAUCGAGAGAAGUGGCUGCUUGUUGAUACUGCUCUUUUCCAGAAGACUCUGGGGACUUUGCAUAUGGCGUUGCUACGCGAUCUUUUCGAACAAUUACAGCUGUGUUAUGAGAAGAAGGCCCCACCAAUAGGUUCGAUAGUCCUCGUGCUUGAGGAACAUAUCUAUGGGGAUGAAAAUUUCUCAGAAUCAAGUGAGAAGAUGGGUGAAUACCGUCAUCAGAUGUAUGAAGGGCUGACCGGGCGAGCAUACGAGAUCUACCGCGAGUUUCUUCAGAAGGAGGUCCCAAAUGAUCAGUAUGCUUGGGAAUUCAUUCACGUAAUAGAUCUUGGCAAGGCAGUAGCUGCUAUCAUUCAGCGAGUAGAGAAGCGGUUCAAGAAGAAUCCUGCAAUAUUGGGUGUCACACCUUUGACAGCGCUAAUAGAGACAAUACUACCUCUGUACGCGCAGGAUGCCAAAGGUAUCGUCGAGCGAAUCAUGAUGUUGAGCAAGCAGGGAGAUGAGGAAAUAGCAGUAGAGGAUGGCUUCAUAUUAUACGGGGAGCUCGUCGAGAUAAGGCAGCUUCAUAGUAGAAUUCUUCCAGACGUACCGUUUGCUUUUCAUGUUGAAGGCCUAUUGGCAGACUUUGUUUGGCGAUGGAUCAGUAUGACUGAAGAGACCAUCACAGACUGGGUAGAUCAAGCUGUCAAGCAAGACCAUUUCGCAGUACGUGCAGAAAAAGGGCAGAUACCUACAGAGGAUCAACGUCAUAGUGUUUCUGUCAUCGACAUAUUCAGCUCGUUCAACCAGAGCAUUGACCGGAUUGUACAGUUGAAUUGGGAUGACGAUCUACAAUACGCAAAAUUUAUGACUGCUGCUGCUAAAGUCGUAGGUAUAGGUGUGGCACGUUAUUGCGAAAUUGUGGAGCAAAGAUUUAGUAGAGAAAUGGACCGACUGUCUCCAGAGCAAGAGGCCGCGAAAAGUCAAAGCACGCAAGACAAAUGGAUUGCUAUGGCUAAGGAUGCUUGGAAGAACAAGGAGAAGAUUGAGCCAUUUCAAUUUUAUCCGGAGUCCUUCGUCAAGCUCAACAACGUAAAUUUCGCAGCCAAACAGCUCGACAAACUGGAACAUGAGGUAAACGUUGACGCUUGUGCAGAGGUGAUUCGAAAGCACGCACCUCCUAUUGCUCAACGUCAGAGAAAGGCCAGCAAUUAUGUCUUCACAAUCAAGAUAGUAGAGGCGGAAGAUCUGAAAGCUUGCGAUGUGAGCGGAUACAGUGAUCCAUAUGUAGUUCUCGGGGAUGAGUAUCAGAAGCGGCUGGCCAAAACUAGGAUCAUAUACCGCAAUCUCAAUCCUCGCUGGGAUGAGACGGUCGAUAUCACCACGCAAGGGCCUCUCAAUGUCGUCGCCACUGUUUGGGAUUGGGAUGCUAUGGGGGAUCAUGACUGUGUGGGUCGAGCAUCAUUGAAAUUGGAUCCUUCUCACUUCGGCGACUUCUUACCCCGUGAAUACUGGUUGGAUCUUGAUACGAAGGGCCGCAUUCUCUUGAGGGUCAGCAUGGAGGGCGAGAGGGACGAUAUCCAAUUCUACUUUGGGAAAGCCUUCCGGACAAUCAAAAGGACUGAGCGAGACAUGACUCGAAUGAUCACCGACAAGCUUUCCGCAUACAUUACCCAUUGUCUUUCACUUCGUACGCUCAAAAGUCUACUCUCCAAGGGCAUAAACCUGGCCAAUGUUUCUGACAAGCUCUCUUCCGUCUCAUCAUACUUCAAGAAUAUCAAAGCAAUCCAACCCACACAACAACAGCCACUUUCGGAGGCGGAGACUACUAACGCUCUCAAAUUGUUGUUCGCAUACUUCGAUGACAACUUCGCCAUCAUGAACCAAACUCUCACAAACUCCUCGAUGAUCAUGGUGAUGACUCGCCUUUGGAAAGAAGUCCUUUCCACCAUCGAGUCUUUAUUGGUCCCUCCCCUUUCAGACAAACCUUCACGUCAGCAGCAGCUAAAUCAGCAAGAGAUGGAUAUUGUUUUCAAAUGGCUGCAGUACCUCUUUGAUUUCUUCCAUGCCGUAGACGAAGAGACCGGCGAAGCAAAUGGCGUGCCACUAGGAGUUUUACGAAGCCCAAAAUAUUUUGAUGUCACCUCGCUAAAUUUUUUCUAUUUCGAUACCACAGAGAAUCUCAUUCGCACUUCAGAAAGAAUGGCUAGUGCAACUGCUGCUCGUCAACAAGACAAGAGAAACCGUCUGUCGGCCCCACCAUCCCUGGCAUCGCCAGCAUUUGGAGGAGCGGCCGGGUUAAUCAGCUUUCCAAGUACAAGUAGAAGGUCUAAAAGUAUAAUGCUAUCAAGGAAUCUUGGAACAAUGAAGAAAGCUAAAGAGGAGAAAUGGAAGGAAGCGCAAGCUGAGCCGAGUGACGAUAUGAUUCUUAGGAUCCUGAGAAUGAGGUCAGAAGCUGAAAGGUACCUCAAAGAUCGGUCCCGGCAAAAAGAGAGGUUGGCAGCCGCGGCUGCUGCAGAGAUGAUCGUGAAGCAGAGUCUCUUAGCAGGAGGUGGGAGGAUGAUGGGAAAUCUUCCGCGACGGUGA